AUGGAUGAGAAGCAGCUCACGAGGGCGGAUGGCAAGCGCCAUGAACUCGACGCCGAGGCGCUCUCCAACUCAGCAGAUGAUAACGGGCGCGGAGACGAGGCGCUCAAGCUUGUCGGGCGCGAGCGCGUACAGAUGUUCAGCGACGAGUACAACACAAAUCUGAGACGAAAGCUCGUACGUGUUGCUACCUUUCCAGACUUCGCCACCUCUGACUCGGGAAAGGAUUGGUGGAUUCCUCCGUUAUGCGCUGCUGUGCAAUUCACGCAGUUCUUGGACAAACAAUCAUUAAACUAUGCCAGUAUCAUGGGAUUUCCCGUGAAGGGGCAGCAGUACAAUCUCGUUUCGAUGGCGUUCUAUCUCGGCUUCCUUGUCUUCGAGUUCCCGACGGUCUACAUAUCACAGAAGCUGAGACUGGCGAAGUACCUCGGCGGAAGUAUCGUACUCUGGGGUGCCAUUCUCAUGCUACAAGCUAUACCAUCCUCCUUCAGUGCUUUGUUUGCACUCCGGUUCCUGCUUGGGGCGACGGAAUCCUGUGUCGCCCCAAUCCUAAUUCUCAUCAUCUCCAUGUUCUACAAGAAGGACGAACAAGCAACUCGCAUAUCUUGGUUCUGCUUUACGAACGGUCUGACUCUUGUCUUUGGCGGUUUCAUUGCGUAUGGUAUCUCUUUCUACGAUGGUCACGCCAUCGUAGCAUACAAGAGCGUCUUCCUACUGCUUGGUGGUCUCGCUAUCACUGUCGGAAUAGCUGUUCUACUCUGGAUGCCCGACUCGCCCGUUCGUGCCGCCCGACUUACACCUGAGGAACGAAUCGCAGUGCUUGAAAGAAUACGAGACAACCAGUGCGGAACGGAGAACAAGGUGUUCAAGCGCGCGCAAGUGAUCGAAGCCGUGUGUGAUGUGAGAACGUGGUUGGUCGUGUUGAGUACGAUGAUGACCGGCAUCCCGAAUGGGGCGCUGGGAAACUUCAGCAACAUGAUCAUCAAGAGUUUUGGGUAUAGUACGAAGCAGGCGCUGAUACUGUCAACACCUAGCGGGGCUGUCGCAGCCCUCACGACUCUCGUGUGUGGCUACUACUCUGAUAGAAAGGUUAGCCAUACGCAAUUGCCAUACUCGGUGGAUCUUAGCCAUAGCCAUACAGGAUGA